AUGGAUAUCGAAGGAUAUUCCGAACAACUAGUUUGGAGCAGUUCUCUGGACCCCACCUCAAAAAUUCAUGUCAUUUGUCCCCAAGGGUACCUACCCGCUGGCCAUAGUAACAAGUUGACUGCCGACCUUGUUGCACAAUCAUAUAAAGAGAGUUGUAAUGCAAAAUGUGCAAUAACAGCAAAUGACGAGACGCGCUGCGGUUUCGAAGCGAAACUCAAAAAAUACAUAGUGUUCCCGAGCCAAUGCGCACUUGUCGCUUACGCUGAUUGUUAUAACGCAGAACUGAUCGAAACUGAUCUCGAAUUCUGCCUGAAGGAUACUAUAAAGGCCAGUCGGCGGAUGUACGGCGAAUCCUGUCCAAUGUUCUGCCCUAACCACUGGCGUCCCGUAUGCGGUGCUUCUAAAAUAAGGGACUAUAAAUACAGGACCUUUAACAAUGCCUGUUAUCUUGACAUGCUUAAUUGCAGGUCUGAGGAAGAAUUGAACGGCUAUGUGGAAGUCCCUCUAGAAUUUUGUCCAAGGCAUUCUAUGAAGAAUAUGUUCAAAGAACAAAUUGUUGUCACCAAUCUACAUGACUAUCGCAAUUAUAAUCUUAGAAAAUAA